GGGGGGCGGCUGGCGAGAAAGGCGAGGGGAUGAAGCCCUGGCGGGUGUGAGGGGUGUCUGGUCACGCCCGUCGAGACACGGAAAGGAACGGCAAGACUCGUCACUUCACUCCGAUGGGGUGUAUUUAGGAAGAGAUUAUAAUGGGAACAGAGGAGGAGGAGGAUGGAAUGACACUUUCUAAUCUGUACGGCAUUUCUCCUUGUGAAGGAGGAGAUGGCGACGAGAGUUCUGUGGAUAUUUAUGAUGGCUUAGACAGCACUCCAGUUGUUUCUGUCAAUUGUGCUACAAAAGUGCCAGUCAGAAGUAGUUUAAACCUAUUCGAUGAAAUCCUGAUUGAAGAAGAAACUGCCAAGGAAGCCACUUUCAAUAAAUUGCAGGCUGAACAUGAGAAAUGUAAGCAACAACUUCAAGAGCUGACAAAGAAGCUUCAGGAUAUACAAGAACAGAAUUCUCUUCUAAAAAGUGAAAAUCAGUCCCUUAAAAAGAAUAUUUCAGCACUUAUCAAAACAGCUAGAGUGGAAAUUAACCGCAAGGAUGAAGAAAUCAGUAAUCUGCAGCGAAGGUUAACAGAAGCUCCAGUUCAUCAGGGUACCUACAGUAGAACAUAUACAAGGAACUUUGAAGGAGCGAAACCAAAAAAUAAAUCCAGAGAUUUCAUUCCAGAAAAUAAUUCAAAAGUAGAUCCUAAAACUAAACAAGACUUACCCAAAGAUGUAUCUCAUAACUAUCCAUCUUGGGAUACAGAAAAUAAGAAAUUUCAUUUAGAAAAAAAAGAUACUUAUAUAUCUCGAUCUCAUCCUGAGCACCUUCACAAAGACGAUGUUCUAACAAAGCUGAGAAAAGUUGACAGCUCUUGUGAUAAAGAAAAGGGAAAAAGGGAAAUGAAAGAUAAUGAACAUUAUAGUAAGGAUAAUGAUUGCAGAUACAAAAUAAAAACACACAGAAAUGUUGGAAGUCCUGUAGAAGGCAUAUUGGAUGCUCCUGGAAAGUCACAAGUUAACCCAGAAAAACUAGUCAGAAAUGGACUGUGGAAAGAUAGAAAAGACAUAAAGGUCAAAAGCAAUUGGUGUGCAGAAAAAAUAACUGAUGUCUCUUCUACUAAGGAAAAACAAUCAGUUCCUAAGGACAAAUUAAUGCUUAAAACUGAACACAUUAGUGAUGAUAGGGUUGAAAAAUUACAAAUCAUAAACCAGAAGGACUUAAAAACACAGAACAAAGAGGAAAGCAGUAGUAGACAAAAAGCCAAACAAUCUGAUAGAUAUGCAGAACAACAAAGAACUGGUAAAGUUACUAAUCCCCCUGAAAAUAAUACACUUGUCAGAAAUCCUAAAGAAUUAAGUAAAGGUUACUUAGAAGACAAGAUAAAACAAAAUGAUUGUAGGAAAAAUAAAGGAACAGAUGAUCCUGGGCUCCAAGAAGGGAAGUCAUUACUGCCACACAGUUCUAAUAGAGAGCGAAAACUUGUUAACUCAAAGGAAGAUAGCAGAAAAUGUGAAUUUGAACGCACCCAUUCAAAAUCAGACAAAUACCGAACAGAAGCAAAAAGGAAAAAUGAAAGAGAGAAGCCUAGAGAAAGCAGAAAUUCUCAAACUGAAAGACGAGAUUCAAAAGAAACCCCACAAAAGACAGUAAAAGAAAACAUUAAAAUAAAAGACAAUGCAAAGAGAGAGAGAAAGAAAUCCUUUCCACCAAAAGAAAUUGCCAAGAUAGUUGAGGUUAUGGACGAACAGAUGCCCACUAAGAUGGAAAGGGAUGAAGAGCAAUCAAAAAGCAAAGAUUUAAAAUUGAGCUUCAUGCAGAAACUAAACUUAACUCUAUCUCCUGCUAAGAAACAAACAGACAAAUCCAAAAUAGCAGCAGAGACUACUAACAAAUGUGAGAUGGAAGCUCCAAGUCAGGAAAUACUGCUAGUACCAACUGAACCAGCUAAUACCACUAGUGAAGUAAAAAUGCCAUUGGGACCAGUCCAUAACAGUCCCCUUCAAACCAAUUUGGAAAAAAUAACAUAUGUUUCUGAGAUCAAAACAAAUCAGCAAAAUGAGACUCCAGUAGAAACUUUGGAUAUUAAACCACCUAAAGCAUUCCUGCAAAAUGCAACCGUGCAGCAUGAACCUGUUGGUAAUGAGAAACUCCUCCCUCCUGCUGAGAUUGCGAUGCAGGAAUCUGAGGAAAUGCGUGUGGCACCUAGCCUAGCAAAUCCCAUGGAUCCAGAUACACUGUUAGAUCAUUCUUUCAAUGACCUGGAGACUGUGAGUUCUGCAGAUUUUGAUACGUUUAGUGUAAUAGAUGAGAUUAAUGGGACCGAUUCAGACUCGUCCAUGACAAAAGAAGAAUCCAGUAAUUGUUCAGAUAAAAAGAUCUUGGAGUACUCUGAAAAAGAAAGCAUACCUCCUCUUCACAAGACCACUAUAGAAGAUGAUAAAAUACUGUGUGUAAAUAUUUCAAUAACUGACCAAAAAGCUGAAAACUUAAAUCCAAGCUUUCCUGAUCAUGGAAACCAAAUGGAAUCAUCGUGCAAUAAAGGAUUAAAUGCUGUGUCUCAGGCAAGAGACUCAAAUCCACUUUCAGUUGAUGACGAUAACUCAAUACUAAGCAUUGAUCUAAAUCAUAUGAGGUACAUCCCAAAAGCAAUCAGCCCUCUUAACAGUCCAAUACGACCCUUGGGUAAAAUCUUCAGAAUGGAAAGCUCUUACAAAGGACCCGUGACAAGUUAUAAUACAGAUUUUGCUCCAGAUAGUGGUGUUGUUUAUCUGGGGAGGAACCAUUCAAGUGAACUCAACAAAGAAAAUCAAAAGCCACUUUGCAGUGAUCAACAAAUCUUAGAAGAGUCUCAGCUAAGCAUGUCUUCAGAUGAAUUAGAAGAGGGAGAAAUUGUAAGUGAUGCUGAUGAUGAACCUAAGAUAGAAAGGAAAUCUGAAAAUAAUAAAAAAUUGAAAAAAAAACCAUCUCCUGAGAGAUCUAAUAAAUCCAAGAAUACAUGCAACCACAAGGCCAAAUCUGUACCAUCCAGUGAAGGUCCUGGAAAAUUGGCUUCUGGAAAAAAAAGUAAAGAAAAGCCUAAAGAUGGAACCAUAAUGUUCUCAAAGGAAAUGAAGAAAAAUAAAACUGUGAGCAUUGAUUGUCUUGAAAAAAUAGUUCAAAUUACUGCUGAACCUUCUACUCUACAUGAGUUUAUGCAGAUGCUCAAAGCUAUAAGAAAACAAGUACGGAAAAGCUAUAUGAAAUUUAAGAUACAGUUUCCAAUACAGCAGUUUCAUAAAAUAAUAGAUUCAUCAGUUCUGAAUUUUACAUCUUUGGUAAAAUAUAUUGACUUCUCUAAAAUGUGUAAAUCAAAUGAGGCCGUAAAGGUAAAUCUCUGUAAAGUUAUAGAAUCUGAACUCAGUCAGAUUAAAAAAAAUACUGCAAUAGAGUAUCUAUUUAAGAAACAACAAUCAGAUAUGAAGAAAAAAUUGUGGAAACUUCUAGAUGAACAACUUGAUUUUCUGUUCGAUAAAAUAAAAGAAAUUCUCCUAAAGUUGUGCAAUUUGAUAAGUUUGGGAAAUGAAAAUGAUGAUGGUAAGCAUGGUAAAAGAAGGAAAGAAAGUUCAAAAUGCCUUGUCAGUAAUAAAAUUGACAGACAGAAAUCAAAGAAACCAGGCUUAAAUGCUAGAAUGAAAAAGCCUCAAGAAUGUGUUCUUCCAAAACCAGUUGUAGGUAGCCAACUGUCUAAGGCAGAUCACCAGGAAAGAAACAAAAUAGCCACCCACAAAAAUAUAGCUACAAAAUAUAAACGUUCCCAUACAGAUAGCACAACAAAUUCUCACCCUGAAAUUGCACAUUUUAAGCAGAAUUCUACAGAGGAUGCUACUUUGAAAACUGGAAAAUAUGAAAAGGAGGGGUUGGAUAUAAUUGGAGAUGCUCACAAAUCUGAUAUCAGCUGUGGACCUCUCACAGAACAACAAAUGUCUGGGCUGACAUUCAAUUUAGUUAAUGAUGCUCAAAUGGGUGAAAUGUUCAAAAGUUUAUUACAAGGCUCUGGCCUUUCUGAAAAGAACGUUGACUUCAUUGAUGAAAAUCAGUGGGAAUUCAGAACACCAGAAAAACAAAUGCCAGGAGGUCAGAACUGUGGAAAUAAUCCUGCAUGUGAAACUGAAGAAACAAUUUCAAAGAAAAUCCAAGUAGAGUCAAGAGUACUUGAUGGUAUUAAGUGGCCCAUAGUUUCACCUGAAAGAGAUUCAACAUUUUUAGCUAGAUUGCAAAUGCCCAUUGAUCCAAAUAUUCUAGAUGAAAGCUGUAUGUUUGAAAUUCCUACUAGUCCUACCUUGAAGAAAGGUGAGGUGUGUGUUUUGGAAAAACCAAAAUCUCUUGUUUCUUCUAUUCUUUUGGAAGACCUAGCAGUGUCAUUGACUAUUCCCUCUCCUUUGAAGUCAGAUGCUCAUCUUAGUUUCUUGAAACCUGAUGUAUUUGGAUCAGUUCCUGAAGAUGUUCUAAAUGCACACUUCAGUGAAGAUGCUCAUCUAGAAGAAGAGGAUGCUUCUGAGCAAGACAUCCAUUUGGCUUUGGAAUCUGAUAAUUCAAGCAGUAAAUCAAGCUGUUCUUCAUCAUGGGCAAAUAUCCCUGCUGCUCCUGGAUUUCAGUAUUGUCCAAACCUUCCAAUGCAGGCAGUAAUAAUGGAGAAAUCAAAUGAUCACUUUAUUGUUAAAAUAAGACGUGCUGCACCAUCUACCUCACCCAUUGAUCAGACAGCCAUACCAGAUGAACCACUGAUCUCUGUUACUGAAAAAGAGAAGAAUGAAAUUAUGUAUGAAGAAAAUCUCGGUACUUUAACUUCGCAAAGUGUCCCUUCAGGAGAGGUAGAAGUGUCUAAAGAAAUUAUAAAUACUUCUGACCCUGAAAAAAAAAUGGAUAACCAUAUUAUGGAAAAGCAGGUUUCUAACUCAUUGGAACCUGUGAAAGAGACAUCUGUCUAUCUUAAGAUUGAUUCAGUUCCUGACUGUUCUGAACCUCAACAAGAACUCCAUCAUGAUACUCAUGAUGAUGAUGUUAAUACUGUAGAGUCCCUGCUUCAUAAAAACAGACAUGAACAAUCUUGUACCAUCUCUGAACUUCAGAGUCCAUUUUGUAAUACAAGCCAGACUCAAGACCCUGAUUUGCUUGCUUCCAGUCAGGCAUUGCAUAGCGAUGCUGCCUCAGAAAAACCUUCUGACUUGCAAGACCGUCCUGAAGAACUAAGGGUAUCUGCAGUGUCUUUCGAAGAACCCUCAAAUAAAAUAAAUCAAAAUGCAGGUGCACCCGAGGUUUUUAAGCUUCCUCAAACAAUCCCCAUGAAAGUGUUCCAAGAAGAAGAGGUACCUUGUGGUAAAGUAAAUGAUUUUCUGGUUAGGUCAACAGUAGUUCCACCUGUGGAACAGAUAUCCUCUCAGGAUCAUUUUGAUACACAUAUUGGCUUGACUGAUGAGACUUCUAUGGAAAAUAAACUUAAUUCACAGGAUCUCACAGAACAGUCUGCUUUCAAUUGUAGAAUGAGAAGCUUAUGUAACUAUCAAGAGAAACAUAAAGCCGAUAGUCACUGUGAAGUAGCUGAUGUGUCAAAGACUGAUGCUGAAGAAAAUGUAAAUCAGCCAGACAUGUCUACAAGAGAUGGCAAUUUUGAAAAAAAUAUUACUCUUAAUAUUGGUGGUCAGAGAUGUCCAAUUAAACUUGACAAAGAAAGCAAAAAAAGGAAAAAGGAAACAGAAGAAGCAUCUAGUGCAAAAAAGCAAAGAAAGGAAAGUAAUGAAUUGGCUUUUAAAAAAACUGGCAAAAAUAGCAGAAACUCUAAAGAGAGAACUCCUGUAGCCUCAAGCUCAUCCAGUACGAAGCCAGCAUCAGUUAAGGACAAAGAUCUACUAUCCUCAACAUUUGUGUCAUCAUCAAACCUAUGUGCCAAAAAUAUCAUUAAAAAGAAAGGAGAAGUUGUAAUUUCUUGGACAAGAAAUGAUGACAGGGACAUCCUACUGGAAUGUCAGAAAAAAGGACCUUCAGGAAAAACAUUCAUUUCUGUUGCUGAGCGGUUAAAGAAAACUCCAGCUCAGGUUGAAGAAAGAUUCAAGCAGUUAGUGAAGCUAUUCAAGAUGUCAAAUGGCAGUUAAUGGCUACUACAAAUGAAGGCAUCUAGGCACAUCUACCCACUGUGUGUAUGUGAGAAAGAAAGUGUGCAUGCUUUCCAAGUCUGAAUAACAAUUUGUUGCAUAUCCUUUUACCUGUAAUAUAGAUGUUUCAUUUAUUCUCAUAGAUCUUAUGGGGAGACCCUGUUUUUUAGAAUUAGCAACUGAUGCUCAUUAAAUAUAUCAAACAAAUUGUAAACUCACUAGUGGCAUUGCACAUUUUGGAAUACAGAGGGAAAAAAUGGUUCUGUGGCUUGUACUUCCUGAGCUGUUGUGAAUUUUCUAAGCUAAGACUUUUCUAUCUACUGCAGGUGCCAAAAAUCAUUUGCAAAAUACAGAAGAACACGGUAUUUAUUGCUGCUUCUUCCUCUGUGUUCUACUGUGCCGUAGCCCAUAUUUUCAUUAAAACUUUUGGGAUAUGCAAGACCAGUCGCUAACAUACAGGGGUUGUUCUGAGUUGAACUGUCUGAUUAUAGUUUGUUGAUCAGAAAUAAAAGGGUUGUGUGUUAGCACAAAACUAUGACUCCAUCAAUAAUCAUGAGAAAACUUAAAAGGAGUUGAGUAUAUUCUCUCCUUUUGUUCUCUUCCAGGAAGUACGAAUAUGAAUUUUGAAGUUUGCAGUAUAUUUUCCAAAUCCUCAUAUAUGGCUUAUUUGUUAGAGUUUGUGAGGAGCUAGUGCAUAGUGUUUAUUUUACAAAUAAAACACCAGUAUUAACAAGUUGUUCCUCUGCUUAAAACACUAUUAUUUUACAGACUAAUGUAAAAUUGUUUUUCAUAUCCAACUUUUGCUUUUAAAGCAAAUUUGCCACAAGCUAACUUAAAAUAUUAUUUCUCUUUUAAAUUAUAUCUGCAAAAGUACCCAGGCAUUUUUUAUGAAGUGUGCAAUCUGAAAUGUAAUCCCAUGCCUUAAUUAAGAGCUUCAAGAUUAAAAUGAACGAUAAUCCGUUCAUUGAUCCAUGCUCCUGUUCUGAUGAGACCCAAUUUUUGAAGGGUAAAGAUUUUAUUUCAGCAUAGCAUAUGUAAGGUGUGGCACCCACAAAGCACACAAUUUUUUCAAAAAUCUAUCAAUACUAGAACUUACCACAUUGAUUAAAACGGUCAUACUGACUUGGGGAGAGAGGGUGUAAAGAUGUGCAUGUGUAUAAAUUGUAAGUUUUAAAUGUUACUUUCCUGUAAAUAAUGUACAGAAUUCUAUAUUGUGUAAAAUAUUGUGUUUAAAUACAAUUCUUUACCUGUAAAUUUUUGAUUACACAGAACAAGUUUUAUUUUGUAUACAUUAAAUACUGCAUUCUGUAAUAUGUAUCUCAAACCCUGUAAAAUGAAUGCACUUAAUGUUAAUUAAAAGUUGAUUUGGAGUAUUUUA